CCUACAGUGAGUGUAACUUGACAGUGGUCCACCCACUGAGGCUGGAGGCUGAGCUGAGCAUCCCUGUUUGUUACAGCACCAGCGAACAAAACGAAACAAAGCCAAAGCCUAAUGCUGACCUUCUGAGCAGACAUGGGCUGCAGGUGGGGAAGGAUUGCUCAUCAUCCAUCGCUGAGUUAGCUGACUCUGGCUGCUAAAACCCAACACUACGUCCAACACCAUGGCUAAGCAGUACGAUGUGCUCUUCCGACUCCUGCUUCUCGGAGAUUCUGGGGUUGGGAAAACAUGUUUGUUAUGCAGAUUUACGGACAACGAAUUCCACCCUUCUCACAUCUCCACCAUUGGAGUUGACUUCAAAAUGAAGACACUAGUAAUAGAUGGUAUCAAAGUACGGAUACAAAUAUGGGACACUGCUGGCCAGGAAAGGUACCAGACCAUCACUAAGCAGUACUACAGACGAGCACAGGGAAUCUUCCUGGUGUAUGAUAUCACAAGUGAGCGAUCUUUCCAGCACAUCAUGAAAUGGGCCAGCGACGUGGACGAGUAUGCUCCUGACAAGGUCCAGAAGAUUCUCGUAGGGAACAAAUCAGAUGAGGUGGACAAGAGGCAGGUGGCCACAGAUCAAGGAAUUAAGCUUGCCAAGGCUUAUGGAAUGGACUUCUUUGAGACAAGUGCCUUCACGAACUAUAAUAUAACAGAGACUUUUACACGACUGGCGGAACAGGUGCUGGCAGCCAAUAAAAAGGACCUGGAUCUGCUCCGGAUGUCCAUGAAUGAUGAGCUUAAUCUUGCUGCUCUGGAGGAGGAGGAGGGACUCUGCGACAGUGCAGCUGGAGACCAGCACAAAGGCUGCUGGUGUUAAAGAAGCUACAUGAAUUUUAAUUGAACAUACACUACCGGUCAAAAGUUUUAGAACAACCCAAUUUUUCUCUUUUGUUAUUGAAAUUUUGCAUGUUGGUGUCUCAUUGUACUCUGAAAUGAAAAAUAAGUUUAAAAAAAUCAAUUUAGAAACCAAAACUUUUGACUCAUCAAAGCAGAUAUACCAGCUGAAUUCACUCAUGACAUUCUUUCCACAAUGGAAAUCAACUAUUUUUCAGAAAGUUCUUCCCAACUCAGUUGCAGAAAUUCCCAUAAAUGUGUGGCACUUGUAGGUUGCUUUGCUUUGCUAGGGGUUUAAGUCAGGAAAAUGUGCUGGCCACUCUGUGUUUUCAAGCUUAUCAUCUUGUCUUUUUUCCCUAAGGAAGUUUUGGCAUAGCUUAGACUUUAUGUUUUGGUUCAUUAUCUUGCUGCAGGACGAACCUCUGACCAACUAGGAACAUACCAGAGGGUACUGCAUGGUGCUACAGAAUGCUGUGGUAGCCAUUUUGGUUCAGGGUUCCGCUCACUCUGUACAAGUCACCGACCCUGGAUCCAGCAAAACAGCCCCAGACCGUCACACUUCCUCCUCCAUGUUUGAUGGUUGAUGUCACACUGAGGAACCAUCCUUUAUCCUACUUGAUGGCAAACAAAAAUCCUGCGUGAUGAACCAAGAUUAAAAUUUUGAUUCAUCAGUCCAUAAUACCUUCUUUCAGCCUUCAGUAGUCCAUUGGUGGUGUUUCAUGGCCCAGGCAAGCCUCUUUUUCUUCUUCUGACAUCUUACCAAUGGCUUUCUUGCUGCAACUCCACCUGUCAAACAUGCAACUCCAAGUCUUCUCUUCACAGUUGAAACUGAGACUCGGUCACUACGACCACUAUUAAGCUGUGCUUGAAGCUGUUGUCCUGUGAGCUGCCUAUAAAGUUGCUGACCUUCAGAAACUUGUCUUAUGAUUCUGUUGCGGCUUUGGGUCUUCCAGACCUCUUCCUGUCAGAGUUUCCCCCAGUUUCUGUGUGCCUUUUGAUGGUGAAGAAAACAGUACUUAUUGACACCUUGACUUUAUUCACAAUUUCUCUGUAGGAAAGACCUACAUUUUUAAGUGUUAUGAUGGUCUGUCUCUCUUCUGUUGUUAAUUGCCUUUACCUCACCAUUUUUAUAGCAGCACACUACUUUCUGCAGUGCAAUACUGUAGAAAUAAUGCUCUGGAGGGUUUGGUGCCAUGGUGUGUUCCAACACCUCUUUUAUGCAGUCAGAGGGGGUUGUAAGUAAUCAAGAAAAGUUGGUACAGCUGUAGGAUUUGGUAACACCAACUUUCAAGGCUUGAUCAACCUCUAUUGCUGCAGAACAGCUUUAAGUUGUUAACCCAUUUCUUGUUCCCGAAAAGGCCAAUUUGUAGAAUUCCUAAAUGUACAUUGUUUUUUCAGUUUUGAGGAACCUUACCUUUUUUUUGUCCUCUGACAGUUCACCACUUACCUUUGUACCAUUUCAAGCUAUUCAUUGGACUUGAACUAUUUGAAUUUCAAUAAAAAACUGGAAAAAUUGUGGGGUUCUUAAACCUUUGACAGGUAGUGUAUGUCACCGCCACACACUUUGCCCACUUUUGGAAAAAUGUGUCUCAUUUUGUUUUAGCCUAAAAUAAAGAGGCACAGCUAGCUACAAUUUUGAAACCAGCUGUGUCCCACAGUUUUAUGGAGCAAUGACAAAAAUGCUAAAAAGCUGUUUGAAAGCAGUUUCAAGGAUAAAUCGAGAAACAUUUUCCCCCAAGAUGCCAGGUGUGUGGUGAUUUAACAAACUGAAGGUCUAAAUGUCAAGAUUUCCCUCUGAGGGAUGGAAUGUUCAUUGUCUAAAGUAUUAACUCUUGCUCAAUUCAGUGUGUCUUUGAUGUGACUAAAUGCAAUUCAUGUCCACCACAAAUUUUGCAAUUGAAAGAGAAGUUCCAGGAGAACUGAAAAUGAGGAUUUGAUCAUCUUUUCUUGAUAGACUUAAUAAGUAGUCAUAAUGUAGAGCAUAAGGAAUGACUUGGAAUUGCCCAAUGAUGACUUGAAACUGUUGCAUAUUAUCUUAUUUUUAAAUUCGGUGUCUGAUAUCGAUCUUUCCAAAUCAGCAAAGUGACUGGUAUAACUCUAGCCUGCAUCCACCCCUUUAGUGUUUUCUUUUUUGAGCAUCGACAUUCAUGGCCUUUCUUCGGUUGAAUGCUUUGAUGUAGUGUAUAUGCAUUUACCACAAGAGGGUGCUACAUGCAUUUCAAAUACAGCCUUGAGUUGUGGUCACACACUAUUUUUUCUUUUCCUUCCUGUUUGUUUUUGGUUGUAAUUGCACUUGCAAUAGCUACCUUUAAAAGAAUGAAAGAAUUAAAAAUAUAUGCAGCAAUUUCAUUAUUUUUUGGUUUUCAUGCAAAUGUUGACUACACAGAGCCUAUUUCAGUUUGUGAUGUCAUUUAUCCAAGUUUUCGGAUAUAUCGGAGUAGGUUAUUGAGAGCAAAAUUAUUCCAUUUCUCUGUAGCAAAACAGAACAUAGAUUUUUUAUUUGUUUGAAGCAGAAAAAUUUCCUAAGUUCAAAUGGUUUGAUAACUGCCCAUUGUAAUGUGUUUGUUUGAAGCAGAAAAAUUUCGUAAGUUCAAAUGGUUUGAUAAUUGCCCAUUGUAAUGUAUAUACCAGAUUUUUGAAAGCAUCAUACAUUGAUAUAAUCUUAAGCAUAUAUUCACCUUGAAUUUGACUGUAUUACCAUUAGAGGGCUGUAUAAAAAGUCCACAUGGGUAUUCUAGAUGGUUUGAAAUAUUCCCUUUGUGAAAAUAACGUUUUGGUCAUUCUGUCCUUUUCUCACUGUUUUGUACAGAGUCCAGUGGAGAUGCCAUUUCUUUUCCCCACAGAUUUGGGAAGUUUUGCAUGCAGUUUUCCCUAUUUUAUUGCAACUUCAGUGAAGUUAAUUAUCACCUGAGCGUAAUACAAGUAUAGCAUUUGACCAGAGUUGCCUGUUAGAGAGUUAUACAGAUUGACCAUCAUAGAAAGAACUUUGGCUACUUUUUUGCAACUUAGUAUUACUAAAUUCUAAUCAAAGAAAUUGUUAAUGUGUGCAACAUGUGAAAUGGCAGUAUGUUGUCCUGAAUGACGUUCUGGACUAAACUCUAGAUACACAAUGUAUCUGUGUUGUUUUCAGGAACUUUUCUUUUAGGGUACUUUAAUCGUAUUUGUGAAAAUGUAUUAAAUGCAACAUGUAAAAUGCAACAUGUUAGUCUUGGAGAAAAGAUGUCAGUUGUUUAUGAGUAAAUACUUGCAGAUAUA